AUGCUGAGUGUGUUCUUGCCGCUUGUGCGCUUCAUGAAGCUCCUGAGGUACUUCGAAGUCUUUCGGCUCUUGAUGGUCGCCUUCCAGAACUCAGUUCCGGCGCUGCCCGUGUUGAGUUACUUCAUGGCCGUUUUAGUGUUGUUCUCGGCCACUGGACUCUACUUGGCGGAAGAGAGGAGCAAUAUCCCCAGCAUGAGUCAAUCCAUUUGGCUGGCAGUGGUGACCAUGACCACGGUGGGCUAUGGAGAUUUUGUCCCGAAGACUCUGGGAGGCUAUGUGGUGGUCUUUGCCCUCACCUUGUUGAGCGUUUGGUUCUUGGCGCUGCCAGUGGGUAUCAUCGGAUAUGAGUUCACGGCUAGCUGGAAAAGACGCGGGGAGGUGCUGGUGAUGACGCGGACCCGGAAGUGCUUAGAGAAAUGGGGCUACACCUCUGCCGGGCUAAGUCUCCUCUUCAGCUAUGUGGACGUCGACAGCGAUGGCACGCUGAGCAUUUCGGAGCGGUCUCCAUCCGAUCUCUUAAGUCGCACCUACACGCGGCUCUUUUUGGCGCUCCAAAAAUGUUUGACAAUACAAAUUCAUUACGUGGGUCGGGGUGCGCGGAUGGGUUUGGUGACCACUGACUGGAGGGCUCAAGAUUGGUGUUAG